ACCACAAGUGUCUUUCUUAUAAGCCAAAACCUGAGCUUCCCACAACCCUUUCUUAAAUCCAAAACUCACAAUAAAACAUGGAAACACCUUCUCUUUCUCCUUCUUUCUCUCUUAUGCUCUAUCACCUCCUCCUUUACCACUGAACUAAAUCACCAGCAUCAACAACAAAAACCCUUUCUUCAAUUCUUCACUCCAAAAACUUCAAUCACAAACCUUUUUCUUCUGCAUCAUGGGCGCUGGUGUUUCCACAAGUGCCGCGGAAAACGAUGAAGUUGGCACCUUUUCUUUGUCCUCCCCACAGGCGACAACCUUUGAUGAUGUUCCUGAGAACUGCAUCUCUUCUCUGAUGAUGAGUUUUGAUCCACAAGAGAUUUGCACAUUGGCCAGAGUGAACAAAGCCUUCCACAGAGCUUCUUCUGCAGACUUUGUAUGGGAAUCAAAGCUGCCCUCAAACUAUCAACUCCUUCUCAAAAAAGUACUCGGUCAACACACCGAUCUUUCUUCCAUCACCAAGAAAGAGAUCUAUGCCAAACUUUGCACACCCAAUUUCUUCGACCAUGGCACCAAGGAGAUUUGGCUUGACAGAUGCAGUGCACAAGUUUGUUUGUUCAUUUCUUCAAAAGCCUUCAAGAUUACAGGAAUAGAUGAUAGAAGAUAUUGGAAUUAUGUUCCGACUGAGGAAUCCAGGUUCAAGAGUGUUGCAUAUCUUCAACAGAUGUGGUGGGUUGAAGUAAUGGGGGAACUAGAGUUUGAGUUUCCAAAGGGAAACUAUAGUGUGUUUUUCAAGCUUCAAUUGGGGAAGCCCACAAAGAGAUUGGGCCGGAGAGUAUGCAACCUUGAUCAAGUUCAUGGAUGGGACAUCAAGCCCGUCAGAUUUCAGCUAUCUACAUCCGACGGUCAGAGUUCACUCUCGCAGUGUUAUCUGCGUGGGCCUGGAGAAUGGGCCCACUAUCAUGUUGGGGACUUUGCAGUUGAGAAGCCCAAUGAGCCAACAAACAUAAAGUUUUCUUUGGCCCAAAUUGAUUGCACGCACACCAAAGGUGGGCUUUGCAUAGAUGGGGUAGUGAUUUGCCCAAAGGACUUUUCAGAAAGACUGAAACAGAUUUAGGAGAGAAAUGUUAGGAACACAUUCUUUUGGACAUACUCUCUUACCGAUUGAAAUUUAUUAAAAAUUAUUAAAGAAAAGUUGAAACUCGUUUAUUUAAUGAGUUUUUUUCUUUCUUUCUCGAUUUUGUAGUUUUCAAUCAAUUUUAACCAUUAAGAGAGUAAGUUGAAAAGGAGGUGUUACUAGCACUUUUACUCUAGGGAAAGUAUACUUGUCAUUGUGUUUUCAGUUAAUCACUUUUGUGAGAGCAAAAUUAGGUCUAGGUUUGUUUAAUUAGCUUUAAUUUUUUUAUUAUUUUAGAUUUUUCAGAUCAUUGGGUCUUUUAUUUUUAUUUUUUUUUAAAAGGAAGAGUUACUUGGGCACCCUAUUUUUGUCACAAAGGAAGUCCUGAACACGAAUUGGGAAGAGGAGAGUUACUUGUAGCAAGGCUGUUGUUUUAUAGGGUGCAGCUGUGAGUGUUUUUUUUGUUGACUUUUUUUUUCUGUAAAUAAAUUCAAAUAUGUGAAAUAGUAUCCAGGUUGCAUUUGGUUUUAUAUAAA